AUGGGACAAGGCAGACUGCAAGACAAAAUCGCUAUCGUGACAGGAGGAGGCUUCGGAUUCGGGGAAGGAAUCGUCCACAAGUUCAUUCUCGAAGGUGCCAAUGUGGUGAUUGUGGAUAUCGAUCAGGAAAAUGGAAGACGAGUGCAGUGUGCUCAGCCAGAGGGACGCGCAGUCUUCAUUCAAGGAGACGUAUCUAGCGAGACUUCCUGGGAGAAUGUGCGUGAAGUAGCACUGGAGAAUUUUAAGAAAAUCGAUAUCGUCGUCAAUAAUGCAGGGAUUGUCCAUGCAGUUCAGCCAUCUCUAGAGACCUCGGAAACCAUGCUAGACCGCAUGUAUAAAGUCAAUGUCAAGAGUAUCUAUCACUCGGCCAAAGCUAUCGCUCCCUACUUCCAGGCGCAGGGUGGGGGUGUCUUCGUGAAUAUCUCAAGCAUGAGCUCUAUUCGUCCUCGGCCGAAGUAUGCUUGGUAUUCCGCUACUAAAGGCGCAGUGAGUGCGGCUACCAAAAGCUUGGCUGCAGAAUUCGCGAAGGAUCACAUCCGACUCAACACUGUGUGCCCCGUUGCGGGUGAAACUGGAAUGAUGCCUCUGAUUCUCGGCGGAGAGGACACACCCGAGAAUAGGAGCAUUGUUCUCUCUACCAUCCCUAUGGGGCGAUUUGCUACCCCGGCGGAUGUUGCCAAUGCCACUGCAUUUCUGGCAAGUGAUGAGGCCUCGUUCAUCACGGGGGUGGAAUUACCGGUAGAUGGGGGAAGAUCAUUGUGA